ACAAGACAAGUUUAUUUUAAAGUGCAGGAUGUCAUGUAGCUCUUAUGAGAACCUUCAAACAGAGUGGGGUGCGCUGCAAAGUACCAAAACUGCCUUGAGAAGUCCGUCACAUGUAAAAUUGUAACAGUUAGUGGCCGUGACAUUCCUGGCAAUGUACCUUUGUGUGUCCUGGUUCAAAGGAGAGAGCAAUUAUUGCCCCAGUUGCCUAUAAUGGUUUGGACUGCUCUCUCCAAAUUCUUUGAGCAUGCUCUUAGGCUAUUAGUCUUUCUCUCUGCCUCCCUUCCUAAUACAUUUUGUUAGCCAUAAUGCAGUAAAAAUGCCAUUAAGCUAUUAGACUUUAAUAAGACAGUACCUAAGUCAGUCUUAAUUACUUGAGGUGCACUAUAGCCUACUUUAUGUUUUAACAAUUUUCACUUGUGAAGCACUUUCUGACCUCACUCUGUAAAAUGUAUUUAAUACAUUUUACUUACUUAUUGACUUUGAGAUGACGUUGAGAUGAUUUUUAAUGAUGAAACCAGAACAUCUGCAACGGUGUUUGUCUUCCUAAUUCGAUUAGAUAAAAAGUAACACAAAUACAAUUAAAUUAUUGGAAAAGCUAUACAAGGUUUACAAAGUAUAAUAUAUAUCAGAAUACACCAAUAAUGAAACACAUUCAUACAAUAAUGUAUCAAACUCAUUCAUAUUGAGCCUUUUAACUGUCAACAUCAAGUCCAAUAAUUGAUCAAAAGUUAAAGAUACAAACUAAUAUGACAUACAAAUAACUGCAUGUCCUGUUGUAACACAGCAGUGAAACAGGCCAUUUAAACAUUUCCUGCAGGCAACAAUCCCAUCAUCUUGUGUCUGUGCCAGCACAGUCUCAGUGGCAAACUACAAACACUUGAAAGGAUACUUUGACACAUUCAGGUGAGGAGGAAACGAACCAUUUCCCAGGCCCCGUUUUUGCUGCUGUCAUGUGAAUGACCUCCUCCUCCAGCAGCCCACUGAACAAAGUCAAUGGUGGGCGGGACCACUGUGCUCAGUUUUCAGCCCUUUCCGAAUGUCACAGCGAUGAUCUCGAGCUCCCAUUGGCUCCUGUCUGCAAACACGUCACAAUCAUGAUUAGAAUUGAUGAUCGGACGUUCUGAUUUCAUUGUCUAGCAAAGGGGACUGGUGAAGAAAUCUGCUGAAUUUGAACGUUCGUGUGAUUUUGACAUCAGAAAAUGCAACAUCUCCCAGCAGUGGGCCAGGUACACUGAGACAGGAUGAGCGCAAUCAGAGUUGUGCCACACUAGAAACACGGAGGUUUUGCUGUGAUCUGCAUGGCAGCCCCGUUCCCCUCCAGCAGCAGAAUGGAUGCAUGGCCACAAAGGCGUGGCCUGCAGGCUAUGAACCUGCGGUCAGUCUUUACAGCUGAACAGCAGAGGAUCCUGGAGAGAUACUACGACAAUGGGAUGACCAAUCAGAGCAAGGCUUGCUUCCAGCUGAUAUUGCAAUGUGCUCAGGAGGCCAAACUGGACUUCAGUGUGGUCCGGACAUGGGUUGGCAACAAAAGGCGUAAGCUCGCUUCCAAGAUAGAGCAGAAUGGAGGCGUGUCUCAUUCCUUGUCCAGUCAUGGACUCACUGGGGGACUACUUUCCAAUCACACAUUAGCCGGAGGAGCUCUGUCCAGUCACAGCCUAGCGGCAGGGGCGCUGCUUCCUGCUGAAAUAGCUGCGGCGCGGACCAUCCAGAACCGUGUGCAUCUUCUCCCACCAUCUUCGUCCUUCCCUUCUUUCUCCUCGACAUCCUCCUCUCCUUCAUCUUCUUCUCCCCUCAGCAGUGGAAGCAGCAGCAACAACAACAACAACAAUGACGUCAUACUGACCGGGAUCUACUCGCUCAACUCCGUCCCUCGCUCCCGGCCAAGACCCACAGCCCCGCCGUCUCAAUCUGACUCUGAGCUUUCUGCACACACAUCUUCAUCUCUGAUCAACCAUGCCCUGCAGAGCAGGAGCACCUCCACCUCCACCUCCUCAUCCCUCCACUCCAAGCUGGUCUCGCUCUCUCAAAACCUCCCAUCCCUCACAUCAGCCUCAGGGCCUUUAGUCUACACUGCAGUCAGGAAGGGAACUUCCUCCCUUGGGGAGGCGGGGGUGAGUGCAGGAGCAGGGGUAGUACCUCACAGCUGGACUAGGCAGUAUGGUACAGCGCAAACUCGCCCUUGGUCAUCUUCCUCCCAGUCCCAGUCUCAGCUUCAGCCCAGACCUCACUCCAACCCCCAACCUCAACCACCCGCUCCUCAGAAGACACGGGGGUCCCUCCCAGUACCAAACUCUGGUCCCUCCUCUGAACAGACACUUCGUAUCCAGCAGGUCUUCACCCUGUCAGAGAGAGGCGAGGGGGACAGACCUCGGCAGGGUCACGUGUCUAUCCGGAAAAGCCAGGAGAGUCACAGGCUGACGCCGCAACCACCACUGGACACCAGUCAUAACUUCUCCAUUGCCAUGGAAACUGGUGAUGAAGAAGAUGAGUGGCAAAGGGAAGAGGAGCUGGCAAGUAUGGCCGCUCGGACACACAUCCACAGGGAGCAGACGUCAGCCAGCCCGACCAGGGCUGAGGUGUCUGUAGUGAGAGGAAGUCACACACCUCCUAUGACGAGCUCCAGACCCGCACUGCUUCAUGGCAACACAGCUCUUCAGGGCAGCUACUCCCUCACAGCACAGACCUCACUUACAGGGGAAUGCAGCUCACAGACUUCAGUCAGUGUGUCUGCAGCCCCCUGGGUCAUCAGCAACUCAAGAAAGAGAACACUGCAGGAUCGUACCCAGUUCAGUGACGGGGAUCUCAUCCAGCUGAAGCGCUACUGGGACCGAGGCAUGACCAGCCUGGGCUCAGUCUGCAGGGAAAAGAUCACCGCUGCAGCGAACCAACUCAAUGUAGACACUGAAAUAGUCAAGACAUGGAUCAGUAACAGACGGAGGAAGUAUCGUCUGAUGGGUAUUGAAAUCCCUCCUCCUAAAGGCGGGCCUGCUGUGUUCACCACCUCAUCACCAGGAAACGAGUCCCCGGUGGGCCUCAGCCCUGACGAGGAGCGGCUUAGGACGCCCGAACUUGGAGAUGACUUGAACGACGGGGGUUCUGUCUGCCUCUCUGAAGAUGGCACCAUCGACUCACAACAUAGAGACGGAGAGGAUGGAAUAGAUGUGCCCAGUGCUGCUCCACUCGCCAAUAAUGUGAAGAUUGAAGUAACUGAUGAGGACAAGGACGAAGAUGACGAUGAUUAUGAUGGUGAACUAGUGGCUUCAGACCUCGAGCAAAUGCAGGGCCUGCUGGAAUUCAAGCAUGAGGAAGUGCAGUUCUUAGAGAUUGAGCUAGAGAACCAAAAACAAAAAUACCUGGAGCUAGCAAGCUUCACGAAGAGCUUGCUCAGCGCUGUGAGGAACAAUGACCUGGAGAGACAACAGGAACUCAUGGCUAGUCUACCUCAUCCCUCAGACCAAGACUGGGACACGACAUUGGAGGAAAGAACCCAGUCUGCUGCCGUGUCAGCAGAUGCGUCCUCCGACCACGACGACUCUCCAGCAACCAGCACGAGCAGCGUCGAACCUCUGCCGGCCUCAGCAUACGAAGACAUCCCAUUGGUCACCAUAAACGAAGACGAUACAACUGAACAUACUGAGCCCUCUGCAUCAGAGGAGCAGCAGCAAGAAGCUGAACAAAAGUGACUGUUUUAAUGUACAUCAGCUCACAUAGUCUCAUACAGACAUUUCCAUAACCCACACAGAAGCUGGUUUCACACGAGAACGAACUAUAUGGUCUUGCAUUUACACAAACACACAUGCUCCACGCCUAGUGCCUGUGGAUUUAUGCUUUCACGAUGACUGUUGGGCUUAAUAUUGCCUUUUUUACUGCAUAUCAUUCGCCUUGUUCUGGACCAGUCCAGAGAGAACAAUAAACGACCUCUAACUUAA